AAUUUUAGUUACUGCUGGAAAAAGUAUCGCAGAGCACUUUGAAUUUAACAAUUUCGUUUGCCAAGUGAAUUAAAUCAUCGAAAUUAAAAGAAAAAAAUGUCGUGGUUAGUUCGAUCUCAGUGUCAAUUAUUCCGGCAAUUCAGUGGCAGUUUACGAACACAAUUUCUUUAUCCAAAAUGUAAAUAUUCACAGCAAAGCAUUGCCGAGCCGACGAUUAGCCGAAAGAAAAAGUACAUAUACACAGCCUUUUUGGGUGCCAGUGUAAUUGCGUUCAGUUAUUAUGUGCACAAAGAGAGAGAAUAUGCUCUGAUGAAAGAGCGACAGAAAGCGCUUAAAAAAGCCGGCAUUGGCGGAAAAUGGGAAUUGAUUGAUCCGAAUGGAAAUGCGGUGUCAUCUGAUAAUUUCAAGGGAAAAUGGUGCAUGAUUUAUUUUGGCUUCACACAUUGUCCAGACAUUUGCCCCGACGAAAUGGAAAAAAUGACAAACGUUGUGAAAGGAUUAGAAAAGGAAAAUAUCGAAUUACAACCGAUUUUCAUCACAAUCGAUCCAGACCGAGAUACGAAAGAAGUGGUUGGAAAAUAUGUAAAAGAAUUUUCGGACAAAAUUAUCGGUCUUACGGGGGCGAUGGACGAAAUAAAAAAAGUUUGUCACGCAUAUCAUGUUUAUUUCAAAGCUGGACCCAAAGAUAAAUCCGAUGAUUAUAUUGUGGAUCAUACGAUAAUUUUGUAUUUAGUGGAUCCAAAUGGAGAGUUCAUUGAUUACUAUGGUUUAGGCAAGACAUCAGACGAAAUAAUCCCGUCUGUUAAAGUGAACAUGGAUAAAUGGAAAAAAAUGCACGAAAGCUCCAACCUGCUCACGCGACUUUUAUCAUAAGAAUUCUUUUUUUUUACACUCAAUUUACUAUUAUUCAACUAAUAGAAAAUAAAGGGUGAAAAAAAUGAGUUUAAAGGAAUAUAAAAAAAUGAACUGUUUACAAUUUU